CAACACUCAUACGAUACAUUAAGGGGUACUAUAUUCUAUGAACGGUACAGUCGAGUCUGUGUAACGAUACAGCAAAACAUCGUCAACGGUCGUGACCAUGAAGAGUCCCAGGAUCCCUGGCUCGGCUAGAUCAACAGCAGAGAUCGGUAACCUGGAACAUCGCGGCGCGGGUCGAGCGUCUCCCGGCUACACGGUCGCCACUGGGACAACCGGAGGCCGAGCACGCGUCACUCUGGGCUCACCCGCGCCCCUAGUAUGCGGCCGUUCGCCGACUUCUAUAACCACCCCCUCUGCAGCAGCGGCAGCAGAGUAUGUCGAGGAUGAAGUUCCAGACUGUCACAGUGGUCAGCAAUUGCAUAUUGUCGAAUCGAUCAGGGAACAUACUGGCUACGAUUACUGUGGUGAUGCCACCGACGAUAGCUUCAAGCACGGACGCUAUUGCGGCGAUGACAGCCAUGAUGGCGCCUCCAAUAGCUGAAAAUACGGAUCCCUGGUCAAGUCAUCAGAACAUGGUACUUGGUCCCGACACUAGCCCAAAGAUGCGUGGCUUUUCUAGCCUGCCAUCUUGCCACCUAGCUGCAUCUUAUAUACUCCUGCUUGUCGAGUUUGCAUGUCCAUCGCAGGCCAAGAUGGAGGGAAGCGCUGCGUCACCUUCGAC